UGGAAAUCACAACAUGCCACCUUCUAUUUGUCCCAAGCGUCACUUCGUACCUGCGAUGAGAGAGUUUUCUAUAUAUUCAAGCCUCAGAGAAAUGGUGCUACCAGGGAAUUUGGGGCCCGGCAAGAUGACAGCUCGGCCUAAGAAUGCGACGCUGUGACUCACGUGGCAGAUCUCAUUAACUGUUGAACCCUUUACUCAUUCCCGGGAAGCACAUAUCUAAAUAGGAGGGUCGCUCAUGGUCCUUCUUCUUUUCUUAAUCUUGUUGAUAUUAUUUGGCGUACACCACAAUCAAUCAGUACAAUCAACCCAUACAAUCAAGCAGUAGUUGAUCCACGACGUGUUGCACAGUUUAUGGUCAUUUCUCGCUCGAAACACAGACAGUAUAUACUUGUUACCAUGGAGCGGAUUCAGCUGCCGUAUACACUCCAAACACGGGUAGGUAUGGUCACAAACAACGGCCUGCCGGCAACGUACUGGGGGUAUGUCACCACCACCGCGAAGGGCGAGGCCCUCGAGAAGCACGAUACCGUAACCUUACCAGACGUCAAAACCGCUGCGUACAACCAGUUCCGGGAGAGCUUGGAGGAUCUCUCAAUAACCGAGAACUGGGAAAUCAGCUCGUUCCAAGACUACGUCGAGACAGACUGGUUCGAUGCCAGUCAUGCCGCUAUCUCGGAGACAGUCAUCGCCUGCUUGCGCACCAACCGGCUUCCUAACCGAGAGCUCAUCCGGGGAAGGAAAAUUGACAAGGACCGCUUCAUCGACAACGUCUUGGCUUACCGCAACCAGAAGAACGAUAUCCACCAGCUGAUGACCUUCAUGAAGAACCGCAGCCGGCUAAGCCUGGAGCAGGCCGCGGCGGUUGUGGUAUCAGCGUUCGUCAACCAUAAUCGGCUGGCCGACGCCGAGGUGCUGCUCCACGAGCUGACAGGCGUCCUGGCGGUGUCAUACAUGAGCGAGAAGUGGGACAUGACUGUAUCUCGGAACACACUGGCCAAAGGCGCGGCCGAGGCGUUCGCACAUGCGGCUGAGAUGGCGCAGCUAUGCUGCUCCAAGGCCAUCGAGCGACGCGGCGAGUUGGCGGUGGAACCGCCGAGGAACUAUCGCGAUUUUGUCCAGUUGCUGUUGCGUGUGAGAAGCGUGCGUCCGCGCACCAAAGACAGAUGCCUGUAUAUCCCGCCGUGGAUGUUUGAGGCAGCGGGUAUCGAGCCUGCCGGCGGCCAUGAGGUGCAUCUGAACGAGUACCAAGCUGAUCUGGAGGAGAAGGACCAGCUACUCGAUGUUCUAAGAGGGUACAAAUGGCCCGAGAACCCGGCAGGGGGUGACAGCAUCAUCUUGUCGAAGCACCCCUUCCGCAUACUCCAACGCAGCAUCUUCCGGCUCUACCAUUUCUGGGAUCCGAUGGUCAGGCUGCGGCGCAGGGUCCGCGAGCUGGAGGAUAAAGUCUUGUAUGCUUCGGCGUGGAUCGAUAAGCAGUUGCGCGAGACAGACGACGUUGCUAAGGUGGCAUUCUGGUUCUUUGCCUACCAGAGACGGCUCCAGCUGAAGGUCGUCAGCGACAACCGCUGGACGCGGUUCCUGGCCAAGGGCGAGGGCUCGCUGCUCUACCAGAAUAACCUCAAGCUGAAGUCCACGUUUGAGCAAGCCCUAGCACGUAUCGCGGGCUUGGAACUGGAUAGUCUUACCAAAGGCGGCGACGGGGAUACGCUAGGCCUGAUAGACGAGACGUGUCUCCUCAUGAAGGAGUACGUGGACCUUUACGGCCGGGGGAAGAAGGAGAGUCUGGUCUUCCAGAAGGGAAUCAGCGGUGGGAAAGGAAGGGGGCCGGUCGACGAGUAUAACAUGCUGUGUGUUAUCCUGCGGGAUCUCAAGUCCAGGGCGGAGGAAGAAGGUAUCGAGGACCUGCCUGGCCCGGUGUACAAGUUCUUGGCCAAAGACAUCAUGUUCUGGAAUAAGAGCUGGGAUGAUGAUGCAUUUGCCAACGGCAAGGUGCAUGGCUGGGAGGAGUGGGUUGUGAAGAGGGGGCUGGUUUAGGGGACUUGCACAGUCGGCGUGAUCAUAGGUAUUCUGCAAAUCCAAAUGCCCUAACGUAUCUUUAUUUCAACAAAAAAGACUCGUGUAAAUCGGGUGUCGUUCCAGCUUGUAUAUCCAGGUGUAAGUACCCGUUUUGUCAGUCAUGUUCCUGC